ACACCAAGCUGCACCUGUGGUGUAAUUCAUCCCGUUUACCUCUCAGUAGACACACUUCACUUAAACAGCUGUGUUGCCUGUCGUUUCAAUGUGACCCGCGUCCGCCAUAUCGGUGUGAUAGCACGGCACGGCUGCAACAUGCGCGCGUGCUUAUCAGAGGAACGUACACUUUCACCGGAAGGUAUAAAAGUCACUCAGAGCUCGAGCCAGCAACUGCUACAAAGAGGUGAAAAUGGCUGAGGACAUUAAGACCAAACUUGAGAACUAUCGCACUGCUCCCUUUGAUGCCAGAUUCCCUAACCAGAACCAGACCAGGAACUGCUGGUCCAACUACCUGGACUAUCAUCGCUGCCAGAAAGUUCUGGAUGCCAAAGGAGUGGACACCACCCCAUGUGACUGGUACAAGAGGGUCUACAAAUCCCUCUGCCCAUUAUCCUGGAUCCAGAAAUGGGAUGACCAGAGAGAAGAAGGGACCUUUCCAGGAAAAAUCUGAGUGCCAUUUCCAAAGCUGUUGGACUGCAAAGAUGUAAUCUUCUCAGCUAAAUGUUUGUAUAAGUGGUGGGAGUCCACGUGGCCCCAUUACCACCUUUCCACUGCUGAUGUUCUAUAACUAAAUAGUCAUUCCUUACAAAUACUAUGAAAUGUAAAGCAGAUUCUGCAUUAAAGUAUCUGAGGAUAUAUUUAUGUA